AUGUCUGCCCAGCAGACCACGACCGGAGGCCUCGCCCGCGCCCAGCACCAACCACCCUGCCGGGCUUGCCACCUGGCCAGCCGGCAGUGCCACGCCAACACUCAGCCCGGCGGCGGUCCCUGCUGCGGUUGCGCCCGCGAGGGCACGCUCUGCUCGCUCCCUUCCGCCUUUGCCCUGACCGACGGGCCCGUGGUGUGCAUCGCGCGGGACGAGCUCAACGGCGCGCCCCUCGACCGGCAGGCGCAGCGGCGCUGGGAUUUCCUGGCGGCGCUGGCGACCUUACUCCGGGAGGGGGUAUACGUCGUCCCGUCGGCGGCCGCGAGGCUGUUUGACGGGUUCGAUGUGGUGGGCUGGGCCGUGCCUGAGGAGGGCGUCAUGCGUGCUGCGGCGUGGGCGGUCGGUCUUGUGGGGAUGGAGGGCGAGUGGGAGAGGGAUGCAGAGGAGGAGGGCCAGGAGGUCGAGGAGGAAGAGGAGAACGGGGAGAAAGAGGAUGGGGAUGGCGGUCUUUCUGACGUCAUCGUCGACUGGAUCAUGCACGGACAAUGGGAUUAG